UUGUAUUUGGCGAAAAUAAAGCAGACAGGAAGAAGGUUUGUUUUGAAAAGUCAUGGGUAAACGUUACUACUGUGAUUAUUGUGAUCGAGCUUUUCCCGACAGUGCCCAAAAUAGAAAGAAGCAUCUUCAAGGCGUUCAUCAUCAAAAACUUAUAAAACUGCACUACGAUUCUUUCAGAGAUGCAGCAACUUUGUUACAAAAUGAAAUGUCAAAGAAGCCUUGUCGAAAAUUUAAGCAAACAGGAAAUUGUGAAUUUGGACCAGGAUGCAAAUAUUCACAUAUGUCACCAACAGAUAUUGAAAAUUUGAAGAGGGCUGCCGAAAUGGAAGAAAGAAUAAGGAAAGAAGGCAAAAAAGUACCAAUUCCAGACUUCGAUCUUGACUCCUGGCUACGGAAACAUACAGAAAAGAAACGGGUGGAUAACGUGAAAGAGAUGUCCAGUAGUUUCGAAUUCCCUCCUAAGUUGCUUAGCAUAGAAAAUAUGACACCUUCACUUAUUCCGGCCAGACCCGAGGAAUUUCUCAGUGAUAAUAUUGCUGAAUGGGAAAGCUGAUAUCAAAAGAUAUGAAUAGAAAUUAUAUAAGGACUUCUCAAAAAAGUUUUUGGACUGAAAAAAGCUUUCAGCUAGCUAUAGAACAUGUUAGAACGGGUGGAAACUUAACAAUACUUAUACUGUGCUGUCAUACUUACUAUGAAGUACUUUGUACUACAUAUGCAAUAAAUUAAAUUUGGUUAAGAAAUUCAAAAAUUAAUUUUAAGCAAUUAUAUUUGUUAUCUUACCCUAAUGGCAUUUGGCAUCUCACCCGGAUACUUGGGGUGAGAUGCCUAAAAUGUCAGACAGUGAAAAAGUCGUCAUUGCAAACACAGUAUAGAAUUUUUUAAAAUAAACUCCAAACUUUUAUUUGAAAGACAUACUCCAGAAUAUGAUAUUUUCAUUAGAGGGCUCCUAAACUCAAAUUAGAGCUGAAAUUUCCUUCAUAAGCAAAAUGUUAGGCAUCUUCCGCCAAAUCACUAUACAUAACUUUAUUUA